GCGGGAGAAGCGCUGAUUCGGCUCCGGACGGACAGGAGAGCGGCUCAUACUAGACUAAACUUUACCGAAAGUUCGCGGAAGAUUGACGAACAUUAAGCGUUUUUGUGUGUCACGCAAAUCUCUGGCUGUCAGAAUUAGUUUUUAAGCUGUUUUAUGUUAUUAGCUCUGAAAACAGAACUGAGUUCACUCCUGACUGAAUCACAACAGUAGCGCGGGUAAUUGUGGGAAAUGUAGUUUUCGUUCCGCACUGCGCCUAGUAGCCCAUUCCCGCCACAAAAGAAAAAAGUCUGUUAAAAAGUCGAAAUUAUUAUUAUUUAUUUUUAAAAUAAUAUAUUAAUAAUCUUUAUAAAAAUAUUAUUAUUAUCUGCUAAAGUUGAAAUUAUUACAUUCUAAACCAGCAUUAUGACAUGCUGUGUCAUAAUUAUGAGAUUUUAAGGUUCCUGUAGUUACGAGAUUCUAGCUUGUAAAAAGUGUUCACGUCCUCGUAGAGCUCGUAAUUACAGCUUGUAAGCUGGGAGUUUUCUGAAUGCUCCCAGAUGUACCACGUGGCCGCUGUACCACCUGACCUCUGUAGAUUCAUUUAGGGUUGAUAGUGGUGCCAUGGAAAUGCAUAAUUCCCAGUCCAAGGAUGUGAACAACUCCGAAUAUAAUGUCAUGUGUUGUCAUCUCAAGAUUCCAGUAGCUUAAAUACGAGGUGGCGUGAACGCAGCAUUAUUCGAAAUCGAAAAUAUUCGAAAUCGAAAUUAUCACACAUAAAUCAAAAUUAAAUUUAUUUCAUGUCAUAAUUUCGACAUUUUAAUAUCAAAUGAUUUACAAAAGCAUGAUUUUUUUUUUCCCCUUAUAUGGCGGAAAUGGGCUUCCAUAGAAAUGCAGCUAAUGACUAGAAUUAUCUCUGAGUCAGUCAGUCGCUAAAUAUGACUAAGUGGAAAAACUUACAGGUAUGAUUUUUCCAUAUAGGCCUACUAAUAUAAUUACAAUUUAAUUUUACUUAUACUAUAAUAUCAAACUUUUGUAAUUACAAAUAAUCCAUAAUUAAUAACUUCUACAUGCUUGCUAAUAUCAGUGCCGUGUUUGCGCGUGAAAUGAAAGGUUUGAGGUUCUGUAAACCAUUUAAGUAGUUUAGUAGCGCAGGUGUAAAAACUACAUUUCCCAGAGUUCCCCCGAGCGCCAGCGUCGGCUGGUUUCCGCGCAUGCGCACAGGGAGCUGCGCUGGCGAUGAAGAUGGUAGCAUAAACUGAAGUCGACCCAGAAGGAGAAGAUCCGUCAGGUCCUGUCCUUCAGUCGGGCCGCAGAGAGAACCGCUCUGUACUGCCUGACCCACAAUGACUGGAGACUAGACACGGCCCCGGAUAACUACUUCCAGAGCUCCGAUCUCUUCCACAGAGACUCCAUGAAAGCAGCAGUGGACCGCAAGAAGCUGGAUCAGCUGUACAAGCGCUAUAAAGAUCCACACGACGAGAAUAAGAUCGGCAUCGAUGGAAUCCAGCAGUUCUGCGACGACCUCAUGCUGGAUCCCGCCAGCGUCGGCGUCCUGAUCGUGGCGUGGAAGUUCAGAGCGGCGACGCAGUGCGAGUUCAGCCGCAAAGAGUUCCUGGACGGCAUGUCUGAUCUGGGAUGCGACAGUCCAGAGAAGCUGAAGAGUCUUUUACCUAGACUAGAGCAGGAGCUGAAGGAUUCUGGGAAGUUCAAAGACUUCUAUCAGUUCACGUUUACCUUCGCCAAGAACCCUGGUCAGAAGGCUUUAGAUCUGGAGAUGGCCGUGGCCUACUGGAAUCUCAUUCUGACCGGCCGCUUUAAGUUUCUUGACCUCUGGAACACUUUCCUCCUGGAGCAUCAUAAAAAAUCCAUCUCUAAAGACACGUGGAACCUGCUGCUGGACUUCGGAAACGUGAUUGCUGACGACAUGUCGAACUACGACGAGGAGGGUGCGUGGCCGGUGCUCAUCGAUGACUUUGUGGAGUUCGCCCGGCCGAUCGUGACGGCAGAAAAUCACAAGACUCUAUAAUGAGCGCUGACAGGGAGGACGAGCCUCUCCAGACUGACUUUUUAAAUAAAAAACAACAAUAAAAGAAUUUAAAAAUAUAUAUUCAUCUUUAACUGCAGAGAGAGCUUUGACACUGCACUGAUGAACACCUGAGAUCUGUCUGGACACGAGUGUUUUCCCAUCAGUCAACAGUCUCAUGAUGGCCAUCAUAUACAUGCAUGUCUGCUUGUUUAGUCAUUUAUACGGAGUAUUAAGUAAGGAAGCUUGUUUCCACCACAGAAUACAAAAAUACAUAAAUGUGAAUUUUUUUUCUCGCAAUUGCGAGUUUAUUUCUCGGAAUUCUGACUAUUCUCUUGGAAUUGUAGGUUUUUUUGUCGCAGAUUCUGACUUUUCUGACAAUUCUGACUUUUCUCAGAAUUGCAAGUUUAUUUCCCAGAAUUCUGACUUUUUUCCUUACAAUUUUGACUUUUUAUUGCAAAUUCUGACAUUUUCUCAGAAUUGCAAGUUUAUUUCUCACAAUUCUGACUUUUUUCUCGGAAUUUCAAGUUUAUUUCUCGGAAUUCUGACUUUUUUUCUCAGAAUUGCAAAUUUAUUUCUCAGAAUUCCAACUAUUUUCUUGAAAUUGUACGUUUUUUUGUCGCAGAUUCUUACUUUUUCCUCACAAUUCUGAUUUUUUUUCUCACAAUUCUGACUAGUUCUCAGAAUUUUUACUUUUUAUUGCAAAUUCUGACUUUUUUCUUAGAAUUGCAAGUUUAUUUCCCAGAAUUCUGACUUUUUUCCUUACAAUUUUUAAUUUUUAUUGCAAAUUCUGACAUUUUUCUCAGAAUUGCAAGUUUAUUUCUUGUAAUUCUGACUUUCCUCACAAUUCUGACAUUUUUCUCAUAAUUCUGACUUUUGUCGCUUUGGCGAUUAUAACUAGCACUUGUAAAUUUAAAUUCCAAACUGCAAAAAAGAUGAAAAAAUAAAUCUGAAUUUUUAGUCGCAAUUAAAUUUUUUUUUUUUAUUCCGUGGCAGAAACAAGCUUCCAUAAUUUAGCUGUGCAGAACUUCACUUAGAGGAAAAGGAAAUAAGCUUCAUUUAGUCACGUGACGUCGACAGUCAAACGUGUUUGGUUUUGAGGUUUUUUUCACUGUUUGAGUUCCGCUCACAUCACCAGAAGUCAGAAUAUCUGUAGAAAUAUCUCAACAUACAAGACGAGAAAUGAAGCAUCUGAACUGAGGAGUGUCAUUAUCAUUCGAUCGCUGGAGAACUUCAUUCUCAAGAGUUUCUGAGUGAAUAUGGCCAUCGAGACUCAUGAAUGAAAUAAUGAGAAUAAGAGCCAUCAUUCAAUCACUAACAAACGCUGAUAAGAUCCCGUUUGUUCACAUUGUUUGAUUUGUUUACAGGCGUCUGUGAUAUUAAAUCGGCAAACGAACACCUCAGCGUUUGCACUCUUCGUCUGGACGAGUUUCUAUGCUGUCAAAGUUUUUAACACUGUUUUUAUUGUUUAGUUUCUCUGUACGUGUGUGACAUUCAUCACAUGUGCUUCAGUUCAGCUCAUCACAUCAGUGUUACUCUGCAUGUAAAUAAAGAUUAUUUAACAAAACUGUCA